UGCGGAUCGAACGCUGAUGCAAGAAAUUUUCGGCGCAGCAGUGUGGGACUGAUCGAGGGACAAAAAGUAGCCAGAUUUCAGUCACUUUCCAGCUUGCAAUCAUGUCAGGAGACGAGAUGAUUUUUGAUCCCAACAUGACCAAGAAGAAGAAGAAGAAGAAGAAGCCCUUCAUGCUUGAUGAAGAUGGAGGAGAGGGGAUGGGAGGAGAAGAGGCUAAAGAGGUGGAGGCGAAGGAGGCAGAACCAGAGGCUGGAGACGACAAGGAGCUUGACCUAGAUGAUGAUGACGGCAGGAAGAAAGAGCCAUCGGAUGAUUUGAAUGACCUGAACUUCUUCAACCAAAAGAAAAAGAAGAAGAAACCCAAGAAAGUGUUUGAUAAUGAUAUCGAGGAGGGAUUAAAGGAGCUGAAAAUUGAAGGAGAGCAGACAGAGGUGCUGGAGGAAGACAACCUGGACCUGAUGCUCCCCACCAAAAAGAAGAAGCCAAAGAAAGUGGACUUUGAUGAGGGAGAGACACUGGAGAAGGAUGAUGUGCUGGAGGAUGAUGAGGGCAAGAACAACGAUGGAAUCUCAUUCAGCUCCUCCACAGGACCGGCCUGGGCCGGCUCUGAAAGAGACUACACUUAUGAUGAGCUCCUGAACCGAGUCUUCAACAUCAUGCGAGAGAAGAACCCGGACAUGGUGGCCGGAGAGAAGAGGAAGUUCGUGAUGAAGCCUCCCCAGGUGGUCCGAGUGGGAACCAAGAAAACCUCCUUCGUCAACUUCACAGACAUCUGCAAACUGUUGCAUCGUCAGCCUAAACAUCUCCUCGCUUUCCUGUUGGCUGAGUUGGGAACAAGUGGUUCUAUAGACGGAAAUAACCAGCUUGUGAUCAAAGGCAGAUUUCAACAGAAACAGAUAGAAAAUGUGUUGAGAAGAUAUAUCAAGGAAUAUGUGACGUGUCACACUUGCCGCUCCCCAGAGACCAUCCUGCAGAAGGACACUCGCCUCUAUUUCCUGCAGUGUGAAACGUGCCACUCCCGCUGCUCCGUCGCCAGCAUCAAGACCGGCUUCCAGGCUGUGACGGGCAAGAGGGCGCAGCUCCGCGCCAAAGCCAACUAAAGACCACCGAAACUGGGCUCCCCCUCCUCCCUCGGCCUCCCCUUUCCCCUCUCAGAAGGGCCGAAGCUGGGUUGGACGCCCGCUUGAUUCGCUAAAAGGACUCUCUGAAUCGAACUGCGGGAGGGUUUGGCUGUUGUUUAGUUGUGUCGUGGCCUGACCAGGCAGAGAGUGAGAGAGUAUCUGAAGCUGACAGAUGGGGUUCAGGCGCUGUAAGCAGAUGAUGUGUACCACAUACUGUACACUGUUGGAUGCAUUUGAUUUGUUGUCUGGCUGAUGAAUCCUCCACCUCCUAGUUUUUUUUUUUUCAUUUGCUGUGAUUCUUGAUUCCUGCAAGAACCCCCUGAUUUAAUAUGGCUUAAAUCCUUCGUCAUUCUUUUUUCUCCCACUUCACACACAUCAAAUACGAUCAUUUCUCCGGAUAAAGUAUACAUUUCUCUACCCAACCAGCCAAGUGGUUUCCUCUUAAUUUUUGAAUCCCACAUCGCUUAAACUAAAGGCUGUGUUCCUGUUUCUAUUCUGGCCCUAUAUCAUAAAACAACAGUCCAGAAUUUUCAGCCCUAAUUAAUCAAAGCUAAAAAUCAAUGUCACAGGGCUGGAGUACAUACUCCACUCUAACUAGUCUAUGACGGGCUCCAAACUCUCUUUUUGAUGAUUUUAUAGCAGGAGAUGGCCACAAAGUCAAACAAUGAGGGGUUGAUAAGUGAGAACACACCCUCUCACUUAAGAAUUUAAAUAGAGAGGUUGUGUGUGUGUGUGUGUGAGACAGACAUAGGAAUUAUACAGCAGUGAGUGCUUUUGUGGCAUUGACGAGCAGUUGUGUACUUCAUUAUUUCUUUCUUCUUACUUCUGAAGUAAAGAUCAACACAUCAGACAAUUGAGAUUCGAUUAGAAGGAUGUGAAAAUUAAUAAAAUUCAUUUUGUGAAGAACAGCAGGUUUCUUGAGCUAGUGCCAGAGUCCUAAAACAAACACCCAAAUGCUUCCCCUUAAAAACAGCUUCUGAGCAUUCUCCCUGGAUCAGUCCCCUCAAACAGGUCGUUAUUUUCAAGUGUGAUUCAAGACAUUGACACCACAAGCUGGCCACAGUAUGAAGGAUUUCAGUCCAGUGAUACUGGAUACAUAUGACAUUAAGUCUGUUCUUGUUGGAGAAGGAAGUGGAUAAGGUCUGGCUUGAAUCAUUUUAAAACCUGGUUUUUACAAAAAUAAAACAUUCUACUCUCUCUCUCUCCA